AUGCGCCCAACGCUACUUUUGUUAGAUAGUACAUAUGGUCCACACAAAGCCUACAAAUAUGGCUAUAUGCCCGAUCCGCGAAAAUUGGCUCCUAUCGAAUCAACUCAGCGUACUGAAAUUUUGCCAAUUGCAAUUAGACCACCAACAUCAUAUGUGCCAAACCAUGAAGUCUUUCUAGAAAAAUGUGAUAUCCACAGGUUGAUGCCAACAAGUGAUUUCAAAUCAACUUUCAAGGAUUGGAAUGACCUGAUGACAUGCGACAAGCGACAGUUGCGCACCAGAGGUGUACCCACCCUGACUAGAAAAGCUAUCAGAUCCGCAGUACUUGCAUUCCAAAAUGGCAAUCCUCCUGAACGCUUUGAUACAAAAGAAGAAUGGCUUUAUUACAAGCAAUUCAAAACGAAGGAUUUUAGUUAUCGAGUGAUACCAGAGCUUCCUGAAAAGUACCGUCCGCACCAAAACGGCAUUGACCAGGCUCCUGUGCCUGAUUAUGAUAAAAUUAAUCAGAUGCCGAAAUGGGCUAUCAAUGAAGAAAAGAGACUUUCCGAGAGAGCUCAAGUGCUAAACCAUUAAAAUUCCUUAUGUGGUUGUCUUUUUCGUAUAUUUACAUAUAUAUAAAUAUAUAUAUUUAUAUAUAAUUAUUUAUA